UUCAGUAUUUAUGGACAAGCACUGAAAGAAACAUUACAAGCCGGCCAGGACUAUAGGAACGGUCAGGAGAUCAACAAAAGAAUAUGGAACAGAACUUUUAAAGGAGUCGGCGGCCAGCUUCUGAUAAAUGCCAAUGGCGAUAGAGAAAUGGAUAUAAUGUUGGUGGAUAUGCAUCCCGAAUCGGGGGAAUUCCAGGCAGUGGGCUAUUUUUAUGGGUGGAAGGCAAAGUUUGAAUUCGCCUCUGAUACUCCCAUUCACUGGCCUUACAACAAAGGACCACCGGCAAAUCGCCCUCAAUGUGGAUUCACUGGAGAUGCAGCUGAGUGUCAAACCACAGGUACAGCUAGUGUAUCAAAGGGAAAAAUGGAUGAAAAACAUCAUCGAUGCGCGUACCCUUUGAUACCUGCAUCAAGAAAAGAAUCAUAAGUGUCAUUUCUUAUCAUUUAAAUGUUUUUAAAUCGUAAAACAAAGUUUCUUUCAUAAAAAAGCUUAAGCGUUUUUGAAAUGGCGCGUAGGAAUACUAAUACGUAACAAUGAAAACAACAACAAAACUGGCUGUGCGUUCAGGUCAGAUACAGUUACUGUGCAGAAUGAAAUGGAUUAUACACCAAAUUAAAGGUACAAUGGUUAAAAGCUGAAUUAGAAAUAACGGAAGAUAACAAGUGGUGACUGGAUUUAUGCUGCAUUGUGUUGAGGGGACGUUGGACACUGGUUGUGUCUAUGGAACGGUGGAAUGCCACUCGUCUUCAUUUCAAUAUCAAGUAAAAAGCUUAACACCUCUUCAUCUAAAUCGCCCUCGUCGUGCCCCAUAUCACGCAAUUCAAUUUCAUUAAUAUCUUCAAGAUCAAAAGUCGCCGUUUGCUCCGUCAUGUUAUCGAACUCGUAAAGCAGACGAUACAUGUAUAUAAUGGGAACUCAUGUACAU